AUGUGGUGGAGCUCGUCCUGCUCCCUCCUCUGCUAUUCCAGCUCAGACAGCCGGGAGCUGAUGCGACUAAAGAUGAUGCUCUCAUUUAUCCAGGAGAAGUUGCCAGCAGCUGCAGAGAUGCCUGUGCUGUUGAUGAGCUGGUUGGCUCUGAUCCCGUUUGACGAUCUUCCUGAAUUUUCAAACAUGACGGGAAUCAGUGUGGAACAUCUGAUCCAGAGUCUGUUCUACAGGCUGCGAAAAUGUGGGGAGAAAACAGAUCUCAAUAAAGAUAAAGAAAAUGUGAAGCUGGCUGAUAAAUCCUUGAGCCACAUCCUUUUAAAGGUGGACAAAGAGAGGGAAAGACUGUCUGAAUCUGGAAACCUACAGUCAGUUUUUAUGAGCAGCAUCAAUGUGUUGAAGUACACUUGUAAGAUUGCUCGAAUCGUCCCGUGGUACCAAACAGUAGUUCAGGCCUUCCAGCUGGUGCUGAAGCUGGCUGAGAUCCUGGAGAUGAAGUUAAGAGGAAAGUCUGAACAAGGUGAUGAUGAGGCCUCCAAGCAGAAGGUUAUAGAUGAGCUGUUUGCUGUGCAGCAGUGGAUCUGCAAUUGGAGAGAAGAACUGCUACAAAAUCCACUUCUGACUAGAAAAAAACUCAAUUAUCCAAAGGAAAUAGAGCUGUGGGACGCGCUGCUGAAGGUUGAAUGUUCUUCUGAAAAUGUUUCCUCCAACUGGAAGGCAAAGCUGGAGAAAGAUCUGAAGAAAAGGAUAUCUGAGGUCACUGAGGAGGAGAAAGUCCUGGUCUGCUGUCUGGAUUCAUCGAGGGACGCUUUGAGCAGAAGUCACAGUGUUGUCCAGAACUGUUUUGAUGAGAUGUUUCAUUCAGCCAUCAGGACAGUCUGUGAGAGAGGACAGGAAGGAGACCUGAUGAGAAGUCUGACAUCCCAGGUGAAGGAUCUUCCUCCUAAAUUCACGUCUGCCAUUGUGGUCCAGUCUGCAGCUCGGUUCAGAGACAACAUGGUGGUCCGGCUGCUCGAUCCACAGUCAGCUAUUAACUUCCUGCUCUCUAACUACGACUGGAGAUCCAUCCAGGUGGACGACAUGGCAGGACACAUGGUCCACAGCUGCCUGGAGGCUGUCCAUCGCCUGGUGGUGUCUCUGCUGGAAGGAAGCGUGUCUGUGGGAGAUUUACAGACCUGUCUGAAAUACAGAGAGCAGUUCAAGAGACUUUACCAGCAAUACAAAACAAACACCAAGUCUGUGACUGUUCCUGUGGAUGCAAAAGUUGUUUUGUCUCGGAGGGAGGAGGACCUGAAUGCUUUCACGCUGCGGAGACAGGAAAUAGAUACGCUGAUGAAAAUGUUGGCAAAGAUUACAGAAAGUCUCACAGUUCCUGAGAUGUCGACUCUGGAGGCACAGCACAGUGCAGACCUCAGUGCUGUCAGUUUAAACAAACUGGUGCUUGUUCAAGCCUUUGAUGCAGAAGGGAAGCUGCCAAAGAUAGGUUCUCCACAAGUCCUUUGGUAUAGAAUUAGUAUGAACGUCUUGAAAAUGUCCUCAGAGAUGCACAAACUGCAUCACAGCAACCUGAUCCUUUCCUGGUGGGUCAAACGAGCAGAAUCUGUAGCAGCAUCCCUACUUCCAUCCCCACCUCCUGUUCAGAUGACUCUAACACAGAUCUCUGACAACAUCUGGAAGCCUCUGCUGAUGGAGUUCUUCCUCCUUGGAGUCAGCAUCGCCGGGGCCAACAUCACAUUCAGUCAGCUUGACCAGGUGUUGGAGGAGUCUGGUGAUCAGGGGGAUGGAAAGGUGCUAAUGAAGGAGCUGGAUCUCAUGUCAGAGAUGGUUUCUGCAGAAGGCAAAAUCACUGUCGAGGAGAACUGGGUCCAGUCGAGGCUGUGUCAGAUCCAGAGGUACAGACAGCUUCAUGACGCUGCAGCUGCGGCGAGCGCAAUCCUGAGAAUCGCUGAGAGGAUGAUGCUCUCUGGAAACUUCACCGAAAUUAGCCCCCUCAAGCAAUUGGAUGGAGACAGCUUUAAGCAGAGGGUCCUGGGUUCUCUCUCAGAUGAUCUGUUCAGUGCCGGAGAGAAGCUCUCAGCAGUCAACAAGAAACACACUGCAUGUUUGGAGGAGUUCCUGAAAAGCGAAACUCUGAUCAGCUGGGUCACAGAGAACCUGAGAACUAUGAGCGAUGUUAAAGUUUAUGUCGAACUGGCUUCGAUAUCCGCUGGAGAAAACGAUGCAGAGAUUGACCAGGUGGCCUGCUUCCAUGACGCAGUGAUGGGAUACGGCCCCCUGCUCUACACCCUGUCCCCUAAGGCCGGGUUUCAGGAGAUCAUGAAGUGUGCCCAGCAGGUGUGGGACGCCCAGAGCAGAGAUGACAAGCUCCCUGACAAACUGAGAGAGUCGACUCGAUUGCUGAGCUGGCUAAAAGCGCUGAAGGAGACUCACGGCUCUGUGGAGCAAUCCUCACUCUCGCUCGCCUCGUCUAUCAACACACACGGAGUUUAUCGCAUCGGAUGGUCUAAUUCAAGCACAGAGAAGAGAUGUCUUCAAAACAUGGUUCUGGUGACGGUAAAAAUGACAAAAGACGAGAAAGGCUACAAGCUUGAAGAUUUGCUGGAGCUUCAGAACAAACUUAUGCUGAUGUCGUCUAAAGGAGAACAUGGCAGAGAACAGGUCAACAGAUUCACAGAGGUUUUUGAAGGAGUUCAGAGAGUGGCAUCUGUCCUUCUGCAGAUGCAAACAUCUGGCAACAUGCUCUUCAGGGACUGGUCUGGUGAGGUCCACUGCUGCCCACAGCAGCAGCCGUGCAUCAGCAUCACUUUCCCGUGCCUCAGGGGGGAGCAGAUGCUGUACAACGGAGAGGUGACAGAGCAGCUACAGACACUGGCUCAGUCUAUGGAGUUUUGCCACAAAGAGUGGUCCUGCUUCAUCAGCCAGAUGCGCUCCAGCUUCAGCUUGUUGAACCACUUCACCUCAGAGCAGCUGGUUUAUAUGUGCCACUGGAUAGAUAAAGUGUGUCAACGUCAGGCAUCGGUUCCUCAGCAGCUGUGGCACCUGCUUUUUCCCAUAAAACCUCAGUGCACGCUGAAUGAUCUUAGGGCUGCUUACAGUCAUGUGCUGAGCAUGACCUCACCGCAUGACACUGAUGAUGAGGAGCAGAUGAGUGAAGCAUCAGUGGACAUUGCAGCAGCAGAAGAAGAUGUGGAAGAGAAUCCAGAUUUAAUGCAGUUUUCAACAGAUGAGGAACAAGAAGACAAUGAUCAUAUAAAUGAGGGUAGGCUGGAAAACCUUUGGAUGCAGUUCAGAAGAAACAUGUCUCUGUACCUUGAUGAGUCCCUCGACAUUGUGAGACUUGCGCAUCUCCUGAUGUGUUUGUCUGAAACAAAUCAGCAGCACAUGAUCAGGAAUCUCCCACCUGUCCUCCAGGAGGGAAAGCCAAACCUUGUGCUCUGUCCUAGUGCCGAAGUUUUCACUACAACUCUGUCUUUUUACAUGGAGAGUCCAGAGCUGCCUCUGCCGUCUUUUGAUGAGGUCCUAGUCUGCAGGGAACAAACAACCAAAGAAGAUGUGGAGCUCUUUCUACGUAGAGCUCUAUGCCAAACCUCCACAGAAAACUGGCAGAAGAUCUAUUCUCUAGUUAAUCCUGGAGUGCUAGGAUAUGAAGCUGGUGAAGCAUUGGUGGAACUCUAUGAAGGCCUAGAGAGAAGUGCUGGGCCUCAUUAUCGUUUGGUCAUAGUUAGCUCUGUUGUGCACCAGCAUAGAUAUGUUCCAUCUUACUUCAGCAACUAUAAAGUACAGGCUGGUGUGAGUCUAACAGCAGAGAGGGCUAGGAGAUAUCUGCAUCACCACUUCACCCUAAACACUACCCAGAACCCUGUUGCUCUGGUAUCUCCAGAUCAGCUCUCUGUCUGGAUCGUGUCAUCUGUGCGCCCUGCAGUUGGGAAGUCCCUUUAUGUGGAGCGUUUGUUUGAGAAGUUCCAGCAGAAGUCUCCACGUGCAAAACACGUGAGGAUCCGUCUGAUUGAGGCGAGCGUGGAUGUUGACUCAUUGGUUGCAACUCUGACGGAGAAGCUGCUGAAUCUCAGAGAGCAGGACCCCAUUCUCCUUCAUAUUGACUCAGCCGGCGUUCGGUCAGGUCUGGAGGAGCUUCUGUUCCAUCUGUUGAUUCUGGGUUGUUUGAGUGAUAGCCACGGUGUGUUGUGGAGAAAAAAUGAUGCUCAUCUGAUCACAGUGGAAGUGCUGAAAACGAACACAUCUUAUAACAUCCAGGCCAAAGAGGUGUGGACCGGUCUUCUUGAGAUCCUGCCCACUAUUCAGUGCAAAGCGCCAAGGGAAGUUAUGCAACUAAUGGCCAGUUCAACCUCCCCUGGAAAAAAUACAUUUGAUCCACUUGUAGAUAAACAGGAGUUUAUUAGUGAGGGGAUUCAAAGGCCUUAUCAAUACUUACAGCUCUACAGCCAGAAUAGGCAUCUGGAUCGAUUUAACUAUCAGAAAGGUUCCAUAGUUGGGAGUCCUAGUGAUUGCCUGCGUCUCUUUCUGCGGUACUGUGGCAUGGAAAACCCAUCUUGGGGUGAACUAAAGAACUUCUCCUGGUUUAUGAAUGUGCAGCUGAAAGACUGUGAGAACUCAGUUUUCUGUGAUCCAGAUUUUCUUGCUGACCAGCUUCCAGGCUUUAAGGACUUCAUUGUGAAGUUUAUGAUUCUCAUGGCGAGAGAUUUCGCCUCGCCGUCUCUAAAUACAUCAGAUGAAAGUCCUGCUUCUCGCAUCGAAGGCCAUGUAGAAGAUGAUCUCCUUACCCGUCUGGCAAUCCGAAAAAGAUGGGAGAAUGAAUCACAUCCAUACAUUUUCUUUAACGCAGACCACUUCUCUAUGUCUUUCCUCGGCUUUAAUGUGCAGUUCUUCCCCGGCCAGAACACACUCAAGGCAGUUGAUCCUCACAGUGGUACGGUUCUUAUAGAAAAUAUAAUGACACAGGCACUUUUUGAAGGCUUGCAACGACAAAGGAUUUCUCUCACCGAGGACUUUGACAAACUGUCCCGAUCAGACAAAAUAAAAAGGAUUUCUUGUGUUGUUGGUGCAAAAAGAGGAAUUAUGGACAAAAGCUUUGAUCCAGACCCCACUUACGAGCUCACUGUAGACAACGUGAUGAAGAUGUUGGCUAUACACAUGAGAUUCAGGUGUGGGAUUCCAGUUGUGAUCAUGGGUGAGACUGGCUGUGGGAAAACCAGACUGGUCCGUUUCCUCUGUACAUUGCAAAGGGAGGACAGACCAGUAGAGAACAUGGUUCUUGUUAAAGUUCACGGUGGAACCACAGCAGAGAUGAUCUACAGAAAGGUACGGGAGGCUGAGGAACUUGCGCACAAAAAUCAGCAGAAUCACCACCUGGACACCAUUUUGUUCUUUGAUGAAGCCAACACCACAGAGGCCAUUUUUGCCAUCAAGGAAAUCCUGUGUGACCAAACAGUGAAGGGAGAACCACUGAGGCCACAGAGUGGUUUAAGAAUAAUAGCUGCCUGUAAUCCUUACAGGAAGCACUCACCUGAAAUGGUGAAACGCUUGGAACACGCAGGACUUGGGUACCGAGUGAAGGCAGAUGAGACGGAAGACAGACUCGGGAAAGUUCCUCUGAGGCAGCUGGUGUACCGAGUUCAUCCUCUGCCUCCAAGCAUGGUGUCUUUGGUGUGGGACUUUGGCCAGCUGAGUGAUUUAACUGAGCUUUCUUACAUCAAACAGAUUGUCCAGAAGACGGUUUCAGAUAACCGUUUGCCAGCAGCCUGCCAGAACAUCAUUUCUAAUGUACUGGCUGCCUCCCAGAAAUAUAUGAGAAGUCGCAAAAAUGAAUGUAGUUUUGUAAGUCUAAGAGAUGUGGAAAGGUCCAUGAAAGUGUUAGUUUGGUUUUACCAACACAGUUCAGACAUUUUCCCCAACGUUACUAAUCUUAGUGAUGAUCACAGGACCCUGAAGUGCUUGAUUUUAGCAGUUGGAGUAUGUUACUACCCGUCUCUUGUUGCCAAGGAGAAGUACCUGGCAGAAAUUUGUAUGUACUUUCCAAGGCCGAUGAACUCUGUUGCAGCAUUGCAAGAGGAGAUUUCCACCUGUCAAGAUCUUUUCCUCCAAAAUGUUCAGACAAGGGAGACCAUUGCCAAAAACAUUGCACUCAAAGAAAACGUCUUUCUGAUGGUGGUCUGCAUUGAACUGAGGAUCCCUCUGUUUCUGGUCGGUAAACCAGGAAGCUCCAAGUCUCUUGCUAAAACCGUUGUCGCUGAUGCUAUGCAAGGCCAGAACUCCCACUGUGAGUUAUUUAAGAAACUCAAACAAGUUCACAUGGUCUCCUUCCAAUGCAGCCCUCACUCAAGCCCAGAAGGCAUCAUAGGAACAUUCAGGAACUGUGCUCGUUUCCAAAAAGACAAAAACAUGGAUGAGUAUGUGUCAGUGGUGGUGUUAGAUGAAAUAGGGCUAGCAGAAGAUUCUCCACAGAUGCCACUAAAAACUCUUCAUCCUCUGUUGGAGGAUGGAUGUAUUGACAACGAUAAGCCAGAUCCACACAUGAAGGUUGGGUUUGUUGGCAUCUCCAACUGGGCUCUUGAUCCAGCAAAAAUGAACCGUGGAAUAUUUGUCUCCAGGUGGGACCCAAGUGAGGAUGAACUCGUUGAGACAGCCAAAGGAAUUUGUUCGUCCUCCAAACAGAUUCUCCUGAAAAUAAAACAUCUGUUCCCAUCUUUAGCCAAGGCUUUCUUAAAGAUCUGCAAUGAGACCUCAAAGAAUCAGUUCUUUGGCCUAAGGGAUUACUACAGCCUGGUCAAAAUGCUGUUUGCAGCAGCGAAGGCCACACAACAAGAGCCAAACAAAGAACAGCUUGUAGAAGUAAUUUUACGUAACUUUAGUGGACAGCCUGAGGGUUUUGACACAGUCUUCUUUUUUCAAGAAGUUCUGCAAGAUCAGACAGAGAUUCCCCGACCGAGAACGUUGCAGAUGAUUUUAAGGAAUCUUGAUCACGAGACCAAUGAGGAGAGCCGUUAUCUCUUGUUGCUCACUACAAACAAUGCAGCUCUGCAUAUCCUUCAGCAAAAAGUCUUUGCAAAAGGAGACUGUCCACCACCUGAAAUUGUCUUUGGUUCCGGAUUCCCAAAAGACCAGGAAUAUGCCCAAAUCUGCCGCAAUGUCAACCGAGUGAAAACCUGCAUGGAGACCGGACGGACUGUCAUUCUUUUAAACAUGCAGAAUCUCUAUGAAAGCCUUUAUGAUGCCUUGAACCAGUACUAUGUUUACCUCAGUAAGCAGCAGUAUGUUGAUCUGGGUCUCGGCUCCCAUAGAGUCAAAUGUCGUGUUCAUAAGAACUUUCGGCUGAUUGUAGUGGAGGAUCAGAAGAAGGUUUAUAAGCACUUCCCAGUUCCCCUCAUCAACAGGCUGGAAAAACACAGAGUGGAUCGGAGCACCGAUCUAGAGGCAUGGCAGCACCGCAUUCUGAACAAACUAAGAGAGUGGAUCAAGAAGUUCUCCAGAGAAGAUGAAAAUGAUCAGGAUUUCAAGGUCUCUGACAUUUUCAUUGGCUUUCACAGUGAUGCAUGUGCCAGUGCUUUGUUACAAGCACUAGAAAAAAGACAACAAGCAGCCUCAUACAGAGGAGUAAUUCAGAAUGAGCCAAACAAGCCAAAACAACCUGAGCCAGACAACCAAGAUCAAGUGACAGAGAUGGAGCAAAAACAGUUUGUUGAUGCAAUGGAGACUGAGCAAGAAAGUGAGAUAAUGGAUGAAAAAACGGAUUUCAGUGACGAUAAGGAUGAUAGAGAAACUUUGGACAAUGAAGAACUGAUGCAGACAGAAAAUGAUGAGUCUGCCAGAGAAGAAGAGGAAGAAGUCUUAGACUUGGCCAAAAGCUUGUUGUUAAACUGUGCCACCCCUGAUGCUGUGGUGAGGCUUAAAGAUUCAGAGUUAUCGAAUCAGGACAAAGAGAAACUACAGAGGUUAUACUUCCAGCAACAAAAUCACCACUCACUCCGAGAGUUUCUGGAAGCUUGUUUGAAAGCACAUCAGGACUCCAGCAAAUUCUUGGAGAUUACAACAUUUUCCAGCUUGCUGACGAAGUUAGACGUAAGGGUUGUUGCCAACGCUCUAGGACUGCACACAGACCGGAUCCUGCUGUUGUCGCUCCACCAGUUUGACACGGAAGUCUCUUUCUGCAAUAAAAUACGGACUUUCCUCCGAAACGCUGGCAGCUUGCUCCAUAUUCUGUUAAUCCAGAUGGACCUGGAGGAGUCCCAGUGCAGCGACGAGCUCAUCGCCUCAGCAAAGUACUGCAUUAUGAAUUACAUGGCUUCCAGGGAUACUCAGGUCUGUUGGGUUGUUUUCAUUGUGAAGGUCUCAAGGAUUACAAGCCAGUCUCAGUACAUUGGUUUCCAAGGAGGAUUCUGGCAUUCAGUUCAUAUUGAUGACCUGAGGGACUCGGAGGACAUGAGUCUGGACCUGUCCAAUUUCUGUGGAACCCUCAUCAGCACCCUGAUCAAACCUGCAGUGUUGGAAAAUCGAGAUGACGGACGAGGUGAAGGACUGAGUUUAACAAACAACUCAAGAGGCGACGGAAAAGUGGAGAGAGCACACCUUGACGGUCUGUCUUUAGUUCGGUCCUGUAUCCAGAAAGCUGUGGGUUUACUGAGGGACCCUGAAGAUCUGACAUCCAGGGGAAUGCAGCGUAUGCACAUCCUGCUGAUGCAUAUGUCAUCCGCUGAAAAUCCCGCUGCAGCUCGUUUUCAGAGUGUGCUGCUGAGUCAGCUGGCUGAGGCUCUGGCCCAGAGAGAGGAGAUGAUGCUCGCUCCUAAAGAGUGGGUCAGCAAAGAGGCGAAGAAACGGCAGGCUCUGCAGGAAGGAGGAACUCUGAGGCACACCCUGUGGCGUUGCCUGCAGUCGGCUGUGACGCCGGUGUUAGCCAGCAUCUUGGAGGUCAUAGAUCGGUACUCCAAUUUGGACCUGCUCUGUCCUGGCAGACUCAGCCCAGGUCUCUUACAGCUGUGGAUGGACAUCUUGGCAGACUCUCAGAUUUUAAACCUAACACCCCCAUCAAACCCAAGUGAUUCAGACCAGGAGGUUCUGGUGCAGCACCACUUUCUGUUGGAGAGUGGGGAGCAGCCCUGCUCGGCCCCGUUCAGCUGGAUCGUUAAAAUGAACCUGGACAGCUUGUGGGAGGAGUCUGAAUUCAUGCCAGUCUCUAAAGAAGGCGACACAGAGAGAAUUGUCCAGUUUGUCAGCAGCUUCUCCAGCAGCACGCUGGGCCGUCACCUCCAGCAGCUUCCUGAGGAGCAGCGGUGGGAGUAUGGUCUCCUCUUCCUGCAUGACUUCCUGCUGCUGUCUUUCAAGAUAAAAACCAAGGAGGAACUUGAGGUGUUCACCAGAGCCAUGCAGGGCUGUUUGAUGCAGCUGCAGACAUCCAUGGGAGCCGCCAGUGAUCUCUCUCCUGCUUGGAUCAUGGCAGCUGCCAAAUUUUUUGCGCGUAGACUGGACCUGCUCAGCCACAUGUUUCUCCUGCAGCCACAGUUAGCUGCUCAUGUUCUUCAGCCAGGAUCGACUGGGAGCCAGCAGAACGAAAUGGUGGAAGAUGUUCUUGCUCUUGGUAUCUGCGUCGAGCAGAUCAAACUUUCAACGCUAAGAUCUCUGGAUGAAUGCAAGGAAUUUGUUGGCAGAGUGGAGUUACUUCAGCCGUGUCUGGACAGAGCCUUCAGUCAGAAAUACGGGGCUCUGUGCGGCAAAGCUUGUUUCCAGCACCUGGCCUCCAUCAGGUUGCUGUGGCAUGGGAUGCUUGUUGUUGCAUCCUUCAUCCAGCACAUCGUUCUUAAAAUGAAACCAGACAACACAAAGCUUCAAGAUCUGUCCCUGAAACACUGCAAUCUUCAUCUUAACCUGAUGCAGGAGUCUCCUGAUAUGAGAAGCUUAAAGGCACUACAGCAGCUGAUCCGGAUACUCAAUUCCUUCCAUGAUGAAUGCAUCAGCAGGGAUCUAAGGUUUGGAAUUUCUUGUCCAGUUUGCCUGCUGGAGCUGACCGAGCCGUGUGUCCUGCCCUGCCAACAUGUCAUCUGCCUGCCGUGUCUUCAGAACUGCGUUCAACAACAGAGACAUUCCUGCCCUAAAUGCAGGAGAGACUUACCAAACAACUUCAGGCCAACGGUUUCCCAUAGCAUCAAAGCUGACCUGGAGCAGCAAUCAGCCAUCAGACACUGUUGUAACUCCUUCUUCCUGGAGGUGGUGUCCAGGUUCUGUUUCGCUGAGGGGCAGGAGCCCGAAGAGGGGGUGGUGGAGCUGCUGUUUUCUUUGCUUGUCUCUGCUAACGGAGAUGUUUACCGCACCAGACAGCUCACUCCCUUCAUGGAGUGCGUGGAUAACAGUCCAAUAGUCCGAUCGGUGCUGCCUAAGCUUCUGCUCCAGUACAGUUUUGAGCAGGUAAAGACUCACAUCCAGAACCACCUGAAGAAUCUGGAGAAUAACCUUUUGGAUAAAGAGGACCGCACAGAGCUCUACCUGCUGUUUGUCAACUGCUUCCAGGAUUCCCUGCUUUGCUCUGCAGCAAGAGAAGUUGAUCGAAGUGUUGAUCUUCAGGCAGAAAUCCGAUUUUUGAGCAGGAUGGUGAGGAAACAGACUCCAGGCAGACAAGAGGACCCAGCAGAGUUUCUGCUUAACAUCGCCAGGCUAAAACUCUGCCUGAACGCUGCUGCCAAGCUACUUGAGAAGGUUGCAGUUCAAGAUGAACUGGAGCUGGAAUACCUGCGGCAGGUUAGAGCGUUAUGUGAGUACAGUGGUAAUGAUUGGCUCAGGGUUUACCUGCUGCGAGCCCUGCACAAAUACUCUGGGAUGGAGUGCAUCGUGUCCUUGAUGAACAGCCCAGCCUGGAGGUGGAUCUUCCCUACAGAGCUGCUGCAGCUUCAAAGGAUUAUGCCAGAAACCAUAGACUACUUCCUCUGCUGUGGGACGUCUUACAGGCCUCUUAGAAAUGCCGUGGCCCAGGUUCUUCUGGGGAAAACGUCUGACGCCUUUUUGACUGAGCUGAAGAAGCUGAAAGGAUCCCGGAUCAGCCUUGUGGCUCUGGCUCUGUUUAGACAGGUCACCUGCCGCUACAGAUUGCCUGAUGCCGCUUUACAUCCUUCCACACCGGAGAAGAAAAGGCUGACAGAUGUACUCGGGAGCAUCAACCCGAGUGAGUUGAGGGAGUUCUGCUCGUCUCUUCUGAAUAAUCGUAUCGGUCAACCACGGUCCGGUCUUCAUAUCGGCUCAGAACUGUCGGGUCUGAGUCAAACUCUGCUGGAGCUGCUGGUCCAUCUGAGCUCUGUGCUCCUCUGUGGAAAUCCUCUACUGGUUCCACUUCAUCGGAUUGCCUUUCAGCCUGAGAAUGUCCCAAACUCCUACCUUCCAACUAUGCCUGAUGAUCAUAUAAGUGAGGCCAGACAGUGGUUGAACAAAGAGAAGAAGCUCCAGAUGUACUGCUGUCCCAACGGACAUGUGUCCUUUGUAGGAGAGUGUGGAAGGCCAGUGGUAAGAUCAUUUUGUCCUGACUGUGGGCUUCCGAUCGGUGGUGAAAGACACAUGCCAGUAGAUGGUUUUACUCCCCAUACACACCAGAGUGAUCAAACUCGAACAGGACACAUUCUUGGCGAGGCUAUUCGAAGGUCUGACGCCCCUGAAAGACAGAUGACAUCUGCUCAGUCUGGCAUCCUGCGGCUGCUAACACACCUCGCUAUGCUUCAGGGAGCCAUAAAGAACCAGAGAAGUGUCCGUGACAUGAUCCAUCCCCGCCCGGCUCGUGUUUUACAAUUUCUGUUGGAGCACCUGGACAGGGACAUGAGAGUAUUGGGGAAAACUCUUGAUCAGAACAUAGAAAACACAGCAGUUACAAUUCAUCUGAUCCUGUCUAGAAUCCCAGAAGGUUCUGUCAGAGGCGGCUCAGAUCUGUCCUCCAAACAGGGACGGCAGCGGUGGGAAAAACUGGUCUGUGAUUCUGCCAUUAAUCCAGUACUUCAGGACUUGCAGCAGAAACUUGCUGAAGCUCAGGAAGGAAUUGCCUCAGAUGACGGACUCUCUGGAAGCCCCCUAAUGAUGCUGCUCAUCUCGGAUCCCGGGGUGAUCCUUUCUUUGCCCUCUUCCUGUCCGACUGAUCGCUCAUCCUUCUGGACGCUGAGGGAGACGAUGACAGUGGAGCGGUUUUCUCAGCUGGUGGGAGAGAUCUCUGGGCGCGUUCCUUUACCGCUGCUUAGCUUGUUUAUGAAGAAGAUUCACUGUGUGCGACAGCUCCAUCACCUUCCUGAACUGGCAGCUCUACAGUCAGACCUUCUAAGGGUGUUUCAGUUGACAACAGCAAGCUCUGCUCCUCUGACCGUUGCUCAGAUGUUGCAGCGAAUACCUGCAGGGUUCCAGAGGAAGGUGCUGACCGAGCGGGUGGUGAGAUUCAUCAAAGUGUGGAACCUGCUCAGAACCGAGGUGGCAAACAACUCUGCAGAUUUUGGAGCAGAUGUAAAUCUUUGUGAGAAGGAGCUGACAAUUGAAAGUUCCAGUCAGUAUCUGACACCCUGCCGACAUGGCCCUGGUUCAUGUCUUCAGACUCUGGUUGACUUUCUGUUGGAAACUCACAACAGUCUGGUGAGGGAGGCAGCAGGAGGGAGCCGGCAGGAGGACAGUGGCUACAGCGUUCCAUUAGAGAAGAUAUCAGAGACUCAGUUGACCUUGUGCGACCCGGAGCGAGAGCUGCUGCCGCUGGUCUUGGCAAACAGUAACUACACCCUGCAGAAGGGCGGGCAGACGGAAAGCAGCUACAACCUACGCGCCAUCCAAACCCAGCUGACCUGUCGCUUCCUGGCUGGAAAACCGCUCAUCCAGGCGGACACUUCAAGGUACCUAAACAGAAGUUUGCAGGACUUUUCUGUAGUUCUAACUGAAGUCAGAGGAAAGAUUCAUCAGGAAGCCCUGAAGGGCUCGGUGAGCAGCGCCACAACAACUGUCCUGCGCUCUUACACCGACGUUUGUGAUGCUUUGUUUGUGAUUGAGAUCGGCCUUCGUUUCCUUGGAAAGGCAGGGGGAGAUCCUGAGGCUCAGCUUCUGUCUUACCUCACAGAUUCCCUGAAGUUGGGCCCGCAGAUCUCAAACACUGUAGCAAAGGGUCUUGGCGAAAGCAAACUGAAACACAGCAUCUCCAUCUGGCAGCUUCUGAAUUCUUGGAAAUCAGAGCUCAUGAUCAACAGGAAACAAGACCCGUUUCAAAAACUACCUUCAGACUUUCAGCAGAAGCUGUCGGAGGAAGAGAGGAGAGGACUUAAAGCUUUCCUCGCUGUCACAGAUGUUGAAGCUUUCUCUUUAGAGCUGCAUGAAAUCCUGCUGCUGAAGACGAGCAGGGUCGGGCCUGAUGAAGAUUACCAGCCGCACUGGGAUCUGAGAUCCACCUUAGAGGUCCAUGUGGAGCAGAAAAACCUUCCAGCUCUGCUGGGAAUCGAAGACUUACCAGAGGACAUAAUCCUGGGGAAAGGUGCUGAUGUAUGGAGAGCUGCUGUGGAGUUUAAAAGAAGAUAGAAAACCUGGAAUAAAACUGUGACCUGUUGAUUUGUUCUAGAUAAUCAGCACUCGAGUUGAGGGGGGAUGGUAUCCCCCUUCUUAAAAAAAAUCUUAAAGAUCAUCCCUCUUCUUAAAUGACCAAUCCCUGUGCCAUUUUAUUACUAAAUGUGUAUAAUUUCUACUAUACAAUUACAGCAGUGCCAAUGAUAUUGCCCUUUCAAGAUUUGGCUGGCUGUGGGCUUACGAGUAGCCAGAGGAAAAUAAAUAAAAUCAAAGAAGUGGCCUGCCAUAAUUAUGAAGCUGAUCCCAGUGGGAAAUUUAUCCUCUUCAUUUGUCCCUAACUAUGGGGAGUAGUGAUAACCAUGCCAGUCCAGGGACUGACUGCAGUUCUUCUGUAAGGUGCCUUGGUCAAGGUCAAUGACCAACAACAACCAUUCCAUGCAUAUUGCUUUAGGUCAAUAGACUUUAUUAAUGAGGUUAUGUAUGCUUCCAAAAUAAAAUAUUCCACCAUCCCCCUUUUUUUUUCUUUUAACAGUUAGACUGCUGUAGAAAAUUGGAGCUGGUUGCGAUUACAGCAGCCUUUUUCUGUGGUGUAAAUAUUGUACUUCUUUUCUUUUAUUGUUUAUCAA